AUGAUUCCUAUCAGUUACAACGCUUACGUCCAACCGGCCGUCCAUGAUGUCGAGCGCUUUGGAUCAUCCCGCUUAGCUGUCGACACGGCUUCAAGCUCCAAGAUGAUGAAUGAGAAGGAUCAAAAGAUACCCGGGUCCAAGAAGACGUUCCGGACUGCCGCAAAGGCCUUGAAGGGUCUGGUAUCGAAGGCAGCCUUCUCUCUGAAGAAGUCAAAGAGCUUCACUACUCUUAAGCGCCUGUCGAGAAUGUCUUCUCGACGUGACCGCGGCCAGCACUCGCGCUCCAAGUCUGCAAACAAUAUCGACACCGCGGGUACCCUCGAAGAUCACAAUCCCCAUCGCCUUUCCAUCAUCGAAGAGGCGUCUCGCGAGUCGCGUGAGUCGUUCGACGACAUCUACGCUGCCAACAUGUACGAUGAACAGGGCUUCCUCAGUGAAGAUCACGAGGACAUCUACGAUCUCGACGAGUUCGAGAUGAUGAACUCCAAUGUCGGACCCCACGGUCAGGACAAUGGAGCCCCCACCCACGACACGGUCUUGUACGGCAACUGGGAGCAAGACAACAACUUGCACGAGUUCAACCGUUCUUCGAGCCCGGAGACGGUCGUUUUUGACCAUGCCCGCUAUGCCGGUGUCAACCUCUGGGAAGUGAGCAUCAGCACCGAUUCGGAGUCGUACUCGCGUUCGGUUCAUGAAGUUAUCCUAGUUCCUGAUCCCAGCAUCAAGAUCGAAGGAAUCCCCACGACCAAGGACUGGUCCAUCUUCCAGAGCGAGCUGGUCGACUACGGUCCCGAUGAGCCCAGCCCUCAGCUCCCCGGCUGCUCGGCCGGCCACCCUUUCGCCAAGGAGUGGUUCAUGACAGACUCCAUGAUGAAGGCCUACGACGCUAUCCGCGGCUCCAUGAGGGAUGCGAACGACCCGCUGCGAUCGUGGAUGGAGGUCAAGGCUUUUGAGUCUGCUCUAAGAGCGAAGAGAGAUGCUGCCAAGGUUGCGGUUGACGGCCCUUCUUGCCAACAUGACGAGAAGCUAGACGUCAAGGGAAAAGGAAGAGCUGCCGAUGGCGGCGGCUUCGCUCGCAGUGAGCACGAUGAGAAGCCCGAGGGCAAGGGAAAGGAGAGGGCUGUCGACGGUGGCGGCUUCGUACGCGGCGAACCCCAGAAGAUGCUCGAUGACACCCAUUUGUUGUCUGCCGAGUACGCUCCGGAUACCGCGGACAGAAAGGGAGCCUACAAUGUCCCUCGUCCCAAAUAUCUCCACAUCGCGCCCGAUUUCGAAGAUUUCAGAUUCGAGGAUUACCUCCCUCCGGUCACCGAGGCCCCUGAGUCCUCUUUCAAGGGACUGCUCCCCUACAAGCUGCCUUACGAUCCGGACCGCAACUUUGUCGAGGACUACGAAAUCUCGGACGACGAGGGUGAUCCCGAGACUGGGAGAAUCUCCCCUUGUACUUUCCGCCUUCUGGCCGAGGGAUGUGCUGAGCAGAACACUGACGGAAAGGUCUUUAUGGCUGAGGAUGCCCAGCGUAUGCGUCCCGAGACUUCCAUGGACGAUGACUCUCCUAGAGAGAAAGCCCCUGAUCGUCUCCUCAUGGAGUUCGAGACCCAGAGAGACAUCAACGACAAUGGCUAUCUCACGCCCUGCUACUCUCUUGACUCCGAGCCUUCCAUCAUCUACCUGCCUGCUGGCGUGACCUUCCAGCACAAGAUGCGCAACUGGUGGUUCGGCCUCUUCGACCGCAUGAACCCAGAAGUCGCACGUAACUUCCGCAAGAUUGAGUAUCACGAGCAAGGCGACCCCCCGAUCGCGCCUCCCAAAGCUGCCACCGAGGAUUCGACGACCACUGCCGAGCCCAGCGGCCCCUGGGCCCAGCACUACACCCACUCCGACAUCGAGACGAUCCUCAACACCCCCGGCGCCCGCAAGGUAGCCGGCGUCGAGGCGGCGAACGCGGCCGAACUCAUCACGCAGCGCCAGAAGACCAUCCUCCGCUGGAAAACCCGAGACGAGGAGGUCACCCGCGAGAACGCCUUCCUGCGCAUCGACGUCGGUCAAGCCCAGAAGGAGCUUCGCGAGAUGCGCCUGUCCGUCGACCACGUCCUGGCGCAGAGGGCCGCCCAAGAGCGCGCCGAUCGCGAGCGUGCAGCGCGGGAGCUCAGAGAAGCUUGGGAGCGCAAGGCUGCGUGGGAGCGCGCUGAGAAGGAGAGAAUCGCCGCAGAAGAGCUCGCCGAGAAGGAACGCAAGGCCGCCGAGGAGCUUGCUGAGCGAGAGCGCAAGGCUACCGAGGAACGCGCCGAGCAGGAGAGAAAGGCUGCCGAGGAGCUCGCCAAGCGCCAGAAGCACGAGAAGCGGGUGCUGCGCCGUGUGUCGGCGCACUUGCACGACUUGCGCUACGAGGUUCAGGCCAAGUUCCACUCCCUCAAGGAUGCCGAGGAUGAGAACGAGAAGAUGAAGAAGGAGCUGGUUCGUUGCAAGACCCGGAUCACGGAAGAGUGCUCGAGAGCCAACUUGUCGAGUCCCGAUGAGGUUCGCCGGGCUGUCUCGCAGAACUUCCGGGACAAGAUGGCGGCCUUGGACCUUUCUGGUUGA